CUGCUGCACUCAGUAUAAACCGACAAGCAACACCACAAACAAACAAACAAACAAAACUCUCUCUUUUAGCUCUUCAACGUUCACUUUCUUUAUAGUUUCUUCUUCAUCCUCUCCACUCUUUCCAUUCUUACCUUCUUCUGAAAACCUGCAAGCAACCCACUUAUUUUUCUUCUUCUGAGUGAUGGGUAUGAGCAGCCGCUGUUCCCAUACUUCUCACAUAACCGAGAUUAUCAUCACCAGCUUUUUUCGUCAUAAGAACUCUUAGAUUAUUAUAUAUAUUUUUUUUCAAUUGGUGUUUUUGACUGUUGGAUCAACUCUAUAAAAAGCUCUAGUUAUAGCAGCUUAAGCUAGAGUGAUCAUUAGUUUGACUUAAUGGCGGGUGGGAGGAUGCAUAUUAAUGGUAGUUGUAGCGGUGGGGGUGGCGAUGGUUCAAGUCGUUGUGUUUUAAUUCAAAGCCAAAAGGGUGCAGCUUCCUCUUCUCAGCCUCUUGACUCUCCAUUCCUUUCUGCUGCUGCUUCUUCUUCUUCUCCUUUUCUCGGUUCAGGAUCCAUGAUGAGCUUUAAAGAUGUUCAUCUAGCAAACGGAUCCUACAGGUCGUUUCUCCGCCCAGAUGAAAAUGGAGAUGAGGACUUUGAGGGGUAUUUUCACCAACCUGAAAAAAAGAGACGGCUUACAGUCGAUCAAGUUCACUUUCUUGAGAAAAGUUUCGAGGUAGGGAACAAGCUUGAACCCGAACGAAAACUCCAGCUGGCAAAGGACCUUGGGUUGCAGCCUAGGCAGGUGGCAAUAUGGUUUCAAAACCGCCGGGCUCGCUGGAAAACAAAACAGCUGGAGAAGGACUACGACAUCUUGCAAAGGAGCUACAAUAACCUUAAAGCAGAUUAUGAAGAUCUCCUUAAGGAAAAGGAUAAACUGAAAGCUGAGGUUCUUAUCCUCACAGACAAGCUGAAUGUCAAAGAGGAAGAAAGUGGAAAGAUGGAAUUGUGUUAUUUAAACAACACAUUGUCACAAGAACAACAACCCGUACAAAAGCCGAUUGCUGACUCUUCAUGUGAGGGUGAAGUGUCAAAAGUUUCAAUUGUGGGUUGUAAGCAAGAAGAUAUGAGCUCAACAAGAAGUGACAUAUUUGACUCAGAUAGCUCACAUUACACCACUGAUGGGGUUCAUUCUUCACUCAUGGAGACGGGUGAUUCAUCUUAUGUUUUUGAAGCUGACCAAUCCGAUUUAUCACAAGAUGAAGAUAAUAACUUGUUGACUCCAUACAUCUUCCCAAAGCUUGAAGAAGUUGACUACUCAGACGCGCCCACAAGUUCCUGUAAUUUUGGAUUCCCCAUUGAAGAUCAAACCUUUUGGUCCUGGUCUUACUGAUCAAUUACCCUUGGUAUAUAACUAUCUUCCAUGUAUUACUAUAAAUAAAGGAACAUAUAAAAUCAAUCAAUGGCACCCCUAUCCUAUUUUGCGCAACAUUCGGUUGUACCUGGAAAUUAGUGGAGGUUUUCCCUAGUUUGUAAUUUUUUAAGAGUUGAAUAAGACUUGUGUUCAGAAUGUAAUUAAAUAAAUAAUGCCUUCAAUUUGCAGAAAAUUUUAAAUUUUAUUUAUUUUGUCAA